CAGUAAGCCAGGAAGAAGAAGGACAAUAAUAUGGAAGAUAGCAAUAAGUCCUUACAAAUUUUAGUGAGCAAAAAUGAUAGCGGCUCGGUCACCAAGCCCUUGGCCAGUAUCAUGAAGUCAACGACUUAUGAGUAUGUACAACCACCUGAAGCUACGACCACCAGGGUCUUCGUUCCGUAUCACGAUCCUACGCAAGAGGUCGUAGACAAGCUUCCAGACUGUGGUAAACUAUCGUUGGAUCGCAUCGAACUGUUCCCCCGUACGUUGCGAUGUCGCAAAAUCGAGAUCUUCGACUUCGAAGAGGAGGUCAGCUUCACGGGCGAAGAGGAGGAGGAGAUGGAGGCCACAUUCACAACUGAGGAUGCGACAAGUGAUGGAGCACACCAGCUUCAAUUGCUGAACGAUCUAGACUGCCUAUUGCGGCGCAUAGGGCUCAUGCAGAUGGCCAUCAAGGAGCGCAAAAAACAAGAGGAGUGUGAGCUCUACAAAGCCGAACUUAUGCGCAGCGAAAAUCCAUGUAGACACAAGAAAAGCGAAGACCUAGAGGAGCAGUCCGAUAUCGUAUGCCCAGAGCCACAGCUGCCACCGCUGAGUUGUGAAGAGCAAAUGGAAAUACGCGACUUGGAGCAUGAUCACCACACCUUACAGUGCUACAUAGAUGAGAUGGUAUGUCGCUACAAGCUGAUUCGGUGCCUGGUGCGCAAACUUCAGGCACUGCUCUGUUUGAACAACCAGCAACUACGCCGGAUGGCGAAACUUUCCAAGGAGUACUUGAUGUGGUCCAAAUUGGUGGAGAAGGAGAAGGACGUGUGCACUGAACGCUACAAGUACCUAACCGAUACUAAGAUCGGUGCGGCGGAGGUCGAAGAAAUUAUGUUUAAUAAUUUAAAAAGUCAGCAUGAGCGUCUUAAGGAAUACCUACACGAGAGGGAGCUCAUGUACGAGAUGAACGAGUUUCACGAAGAAAUCGAUGAGAUGACGCAAUAUUGCCAUGACUUGCACAGGGAUAUGGAGGAUCGUUUCGAUGUUAUGGAGCGGCAAGUCACACGUGCUAUCAAGAUGGAGGAAAUAAGAGAGCGUGCCAUGACAAUCAGAGCAAUCGAUACCGAUUCAUUGACACCCCUAUUUGAAGUUGAAGAUAGCGAAAAUCGUUAAUUAUCUCUAAUUGCUUAUUUUUUCCUCUUCGUGUUCUAAUUUCAAAUUAUGCCAAAGGCAUUAAAAUAUACUUUAAGCUUUUGGCGUA